CAAAUAGGCUCUGCAGUGUCGCUUCAUUCAUUUUCGCAGAAUUUCAUCUCUUUCCAUCAACAAAUGGAAUUUCGAGCACAAGGGGAGCUCGCUUCGCUUGCACGCAUGGAGCGUCCUAGUGAGCGAUCUUUUGGACGAAUCUCUUCCCUCCAGGCAAGCUCGGGGUCUUGCCGGAAACGACGGGAUUUGGAGUUGACGGCCUCCAACGACAACAUUGAUACCGGAAGCCGGGACUCCGGGAGACGCGUGUGAAGAAAGCUUAAGAGCUUCCUAAGACCCGGGAGUCGGGACACGUGUUGUCAUCAAACUGCCAAAGAUGCCAAGCGGCGACGACGGCGAGUUGGCAACCCUGAUCACAGGCAGCAGCGGUGUGUAUGAAGAUUGGACUCCAUGCCGCUCUCGUCCUCGGUGAAGACCUCUGCAGCCUCUGCCGUAUACACAAGAGUUCCGACAGGGAGGUUGGAACGGUAUAUACAGUAUAGCGCAUGUUGUCUCCGCUCCGCCCUCCCACCAAUUCAGACCUAACCAUGUCCAACACCACCCAACUUUACUUUCCGACGGCAACGGCAACAGCAACAGCAAUAGCAAUAGCGACCGCAAACUCCUCCAUCCCCAAAUACACCCGCCCAAUCUAUCCCUGCACGCUCCCCGACGGCCACGAAUGCGACCUCUUACCCCACGACAGCCUCACCACAGACCGCUCGCAAUGGACCCACGGCUAUUAUUGCGACACGCGAACAAAGACCUGCGUUCCGUUUGCGGGAGGAGGAGGACCGAGUCACAAUGAAGCUGCGUACCUUAGCGACCCUGUAUUCUGGAUCGUGUAUGUGGUGCUGCCCAUUAUUGGAUGUGUGAGGUUUCUCGCUGCGGUCUGCUAUGGGUGUCAUCGGCUCCGGCAGCGGAGGCAAAGGCGGCUCGACAGGGAAUCACACAGGGAACAGGGAUUGGACGCCGUGCAUUUGAAGGCGUAGAUGUAGAUUUUGAGUAGAGAAAGAAGGAAGACAAAAGGAGAGUGGCGGGAGGGUGGAAACAGUAUAAUGGAACGCUGGCGU